AUGCAACAUCUUAGCCAGUUCAUGCAAGAACCAAAGAAGGUUCACGUGGAGGUAGUUUUACGUGUUGUAAGGUACACUAAACGAAAUCCAGGGCAAGGGUUGUUGUUUAAAGCUUUGAGUGAAGAAAAAUUAGUGGCUUAUUCUGAAUCGGAUUGGGCAUCAAAAUCUGUUAUCGGAAUCUUGAGAAGAUACAAUGACAAUGUGUCGUUUGGAUCAUGUAAAACAAAGGCAGUGGUUAAAUUGGUGGCUGGUAACUUUGGUGAAAUUAACGGGUUGGGGAUUGCUGAUGGAGAGGGGUUGGGACAGAACCACCUUACCAGACUCGUCCGAGGGGUGGAGCAGCUGACCUGA